GGACGGCGCCACCUAGCGUCUCGGAAACUUCCUGGGAAAGACUUUCGCAGGCAACCCGCGUCCCCCUGGCCCUACAUCUGUCAUUUAUAUGGCAGAGAACGACGAAGAUGUUCCAUCCACCAAAGGCAGAGAGCAGCUGAGAUAGGUGGUUCGAGCUCGUGCAGGAGCAGCUGCCAUUCUGCGCAGGGCCAUUACUAAGAGAUAAGGUCGGCUACUUUCUAUGGUGGUAGUGUCUUGAUGAACCCUCAGCAGAAGCGGAUUGGCUGGUGUACCGCGCACCCCCGACCUGGCUAGUGUGUCGACGUUACCAAGUUCUCUGGGUCUCAUCAUGAUGAGGCGAAUCAGAAAGUAAAUGGGAUGGUGGACUUCACAGACAACCAAAAGAAGCUGUGGAAUGAAUGGGGAGUAAUCAACCUAGUCAUCUUCAGCCUCUUUUUGCAAAUCUUCCUCACCUUCUCUGCACCUUUCAGAAGACGAAAGAAAGGCAAAUGGGUCUUCCCAUUCAUCUGGGCUGCCUACUUGCUAGCCGACUGGGUCGCCACUUUCGCCCUUGGAAGCCUCUCCAACAGCAUCCAUGGUAACCCAGAAUGCAAUGACAGCAGCGGCACCAAUAAACACGUCGCCUCCUGGCACUUCUUUACAGAAUGCAAUGUCAGCCAUUCCACUAACAGCAGCAGCACCAAUGAACACUUCGUUUUCUGGGCUCCAUUCCCAAAAUACAAUGUCAGCCGUUGCACAAAUGGCAGCAGCACAGAUGAAAAUGUAGUAUUCUGGGCUCCAUUCUCAAAAUGGAAUGUCAACCAUUGCACAAACAGCAGCACCAAUGAACACGUCGCUUUCUGGGCCCCCUUCCUUUUGCUACACCUAGGUGGACCCGAUACCAUAACCGCACUCGCCCUUGAGGACAACCAGCUGUGGCUGCGUCACUUCCUAUCUCUCCCAAUCUAUCUCAUUGCCGCUUUUUACGUCUUGGUGCUUACACUCCCCAAAAACCGCCUCCUCAUCCCUACCCUCAUCAUUUUCAUGGUCGGGAUAGUCCGGUACAUCGAACGCUCCAUGGCCCUCUUCCUUGCUAGCACCUAUGGCUUCCGCUACUUGAUUGGAAGGGAUAAAGAGCCACAUCAAUCUAGUGGUGGUGCAGUCCGGCCUAUGCCCGAUCGAAGAAGGAUCGACAGGACCGAGGCAGUGCAGUCCGCUCAUAGAUUCCUUGCUAUCUAUAAGUGCCUCGCCAUCGACCAUCAUCUUUUCUUCUACGUGCGGGAGAAAAGCCGCUCCUACUUCCAAAGCCUACACCCGAAGGACGCCUUUAGAAUAAUCGAGAUCGAACUAGGGUUGCUCUUCGACAUGAUUUACACUAAGGCCACGGUAAUUCACAGCCGCAUGGGCCUCAUCUCGCGGAUCAUAUGCUCGUCUUCCAUUACCACUGCCUAUGUGAUCUUCUUGAUUAAGAGCCUUGGUCAUCUAAAUACCUAUCCUGUUAAUAUGGAUAGCUGUGUCAUCACUCACUUUCUCUUCAUCUGUGUUUUCUUACUUGAUAUGUUUGCCUUUGCGAGCCUCAUAGUCUCUAACUGGAGGGUCUCAUCUCUCAGACAUCCAAUGGCUAGACGAUUUGCGAGCCUGGUACAAGCGAGGCAGCCUGCAUACAUGUACCAGUAUAAUCUGAUAAGCUAUUGUCUACGCCGUUACUGGACGUGGAACAAGAUGGCGAAGCUGCCAUGGAUUGGGGAAUUUACUGACCAGCUUAGAUAUACUCACGACAUGCCUGUCUCUGCCAAGCUCAAAGACUUCAUCUUCAGCAAUCUAUUGAUCAAGUCCAGAAGGACCACUAGCUUAGACGACUUCAAGCAUAUGUCCGAACACAGAUGGGACUGGGUCAUCGAUGAAAAUGGCACCAACCCAAUCCCAAGCCGGUUUUUCAACCUUGAAUUGGAAGAUAGCAUUCUGCUAUGGCACAUUGCGACAGAUAUCUGUUACCACUCGAGAAACUGCAACUCCGUAGAUCGAGAUUUCAGCAAGGUUGUGUCGGACUACAUGCAUUAUCUUCUGGUCAUGCAUCCCACCAUGAUCUCAUCCACGGAGGGGACUGGGCAGAUUAAGUGGCAGAGCGUACGCCAACAGGUCACGAGCUUCAUUAACGAUACCAAGGCGAAGAAUGAAAUGGACUUUUGCGGGAUGCUGUGUGAUACGGCUAACAUGGAGAUACUGAUGGGAAUAGGUAGUUUCCUGCUGGUAGAUGCUUGUACGCUGGCCCAGGAGCUGUUGCGUCAGCAACCGAGCAUCGCAUGGAAGUCUAUAAGUGAAGUUUGGGUGGAAUUGCUGUCUUCCGCUGCAAACCACUGUAGUGGCAGGUACCACGCCCAACGGCUAGUUAAAGGAGGGGAAUUUCUCACUUCCAUUUGGUUGUUGAUGGCCCACCUUGGUUUGGCCAAGCAAUACAAGGAUGGAACUGAGUCAGAUGUCGUGGAUAUCACAGAGUUCGAGUCGCGGCAUCUGUUUUAUUGUAUGUAGUAAAAACUGCUUGUGUCAUGCAAUUCGGAAUGAAUCCGAAUCCUCUGCUUGCCACAGCAAGGAGAAUAGUGUUUGUUGCAAUCUUAUUGGGCCACAUCAUCACACCCUAUGUUUAAUGCAGCAGUGCUGACUACGUUAUGACCAAUCACGAUGCAGAAAACAAGAUUCUCGUGCUGUGGCAAGCAGAGGUUCCGCAUUCAUUCGGAAAUGGAAUACAAAGUGUGUACCCUCAUACUUAAUUUACAAAUUAGGACUCAUACACAAUGUACAUUUAAACCAAGUAUUUGUAUUAUAUUUUGAAAUACAUGAUUUAAGUGUACUCUUAAGUGCAGAAGCCCAACCACUUGUCGGGACAUUUUACAUUCAA